UCCUUAACGUCAAAACGUGUGCUGACAGCGGGCGGAUCAAAAUUUUGCAGGCUCCCAGCAGAGUCGCAAACUCUCUGGCGAAGAUUUUGUCUUGUAUUGAGUCGUCGUUAAACUACAAUGAUCCAUAAGUAAGGUCCCUAGCUCUAGUACGGAUUGGUAAAAGAACGGAAGCAUAAAAUGGCACAAUUGCUUCGUGGAUGGUCGAGCAUCGAUCCUCGCUUCAAACACAUUCGCCCGGUCGUGUACACGGUGAGCCGGGUGAACUUUUCCGGUUUCACGACCGGAAAUACUAGCGGCGGCAAUGGCACUGGAAACGGUGGUAGCAACCAUUCUACGGCAUGGUCGCGGUACAACUAUUACCGGCAGCAAGAAUUCCUAAGACCACCGAACGCGAGCGGUUGGCAAUAUUAUGGCCAGCAGCGUAACUAUGGCAUGCUAAUAGGGCGCGUUUUAAGAGGUGUUCUGAAGCUGCGCUAUCUGGUGCUGGGCAGUGCUAUCGGUGGUGGUGUUACGCUUAACAAACGGUACGAAGAAUGGAAGGAUGGUCUGCCGGACAUGAAAUGGCUGGAGGAAGUUCUGCCCGACAAUGAGAAAUGGGCUGGCUUUACGAAAAAUCUCCUCGCUGUAAAGGACGCCGUAAAAGACUCCAUCGAAAUAGAUCCUCGGAUAAAGCAGCUUAGCGAGCAUAAGCUAAACGAAUGGCGACAAUGGUUUGAUCAGCGCCUUGACAAUGCGAUCGAGGCAGCAGAAACACAACAGAAUCCACAGAUCGAGAGUUCCUUCCAGAAUCUUUCAGAAUUUAUUUCUGAGCUAUACGGAGCUACCAAAGAGGAGCUAAAAGCGAAAAAUACCGUAAACGCAAAAGGUCUUAAUGCUGACGAAAGUCGUAAACGGGUCGACACGCUGCAGGCGCAGGUCGAUUCACUGCAGACGGAAAUCAUGAACGUGCAGCUAAAAUACCAGCGCGAGGUGGAAAAGCUAGAAAAAGAGAACCGUGACCUACGGCAGCAAUAUCUGAUAAUGCGAACGAACCGCAAACAACCGACCAAAAAGCGCAUAAAGAAAUCGCUCAUCGACAUGUACUCGGAGGUGCUGGACGAACUGUCCGGCUAUGAUACGAGCUACACCACAGCGGAUCAUCUACCGCGCGUAGUGGUGGUCGGUGAUCAGAGCAGUGGCAAAACGUCGGUGCUGGAAUCGAUCGCUCAGGCACGUAUCUUUCCGCGUGGCAGCGGUGAAAUGAUGACCCGGGCACCGGUGAAGGUGACGCUAUCGGAAGGACCGUACCAUGUGGCACAGUUUCGCGAUUCGGAGCGUGAGUACGAUCUGACGAAGGAAAGCGAUCUGGCGGAGCUGCGGCGUGACGUGGAGAUACGGAUGCGCAAUUCGGUGCGUGGUGGCAAAACCGUCAGCAUGGAUGUGAUCUCGAUGACGGUGAAGGGACCGGGACUGCAGCGUAUGGUGCUGGUCGAUCUUCCCGGUAUCAUCUCGACGCAAACCGUCGAUAUGGCACCGGAUACACGCGAUCAAAUCAAGCAUAUGACCGAACACUACAUGAGCAAUCCGAAUGCGAUCAUUCUGUGCAUCCAGGAUGGUUCGGUAGAUGCGGAACGUAGCAACGUAACGGAUCUCGUAUCACAGUGCGAUCCGCUCGGCAAACGAACGAUCUUCGUGCUGACGAAGGUGGAUUUGGCCGAAGAUCUGGCAGAUCCAAAUCGCAUACGAAAGAUACUUUCCGGCAAACUGUUCCCGAUGAAGGCGCUCGGAUACUUUGCCGUAGUGACGGGACGGGGCCGCAAAGACGAUAGCAUUGAAACGAUACGCGAAUAUGAGGAAAAGUUUUUCAAAAACUCCAAACUAUUCCAAAGUGGCGUCACAAUGUCCCAUCAGGUGACAACGAGGAACCUUAGUCUAGCUGUGGCCGAUCGUUUCUGGAAGAUGGUACGUGAAACGAUCGAACAACAAGCGGAUGCGUUUAAAGCGACACGCUUUAAUUUAGAAACGGAAUGGAAAAACAAUUUCCCAAGGUUGCGCGAAUCCGGUCGUGAUGAACUGUUCGAAAAGGCCAAAGGUGAAGUGCUGGAUGAGGUCGUCAACUUGUCGCAAGUAUCUGCCAAAAAGUGGGAAGAACUGAUGAACAGUAAGCUGUGGGAAAAGUUGUCCAGCUACGUGUUUGAAAACAUCUACCUUCCCGCCGCUCAGUCCGGUUCGCAAAAUUCAUUCAACACAAUGGUCGACAUUAAGCUACGCCAGUGGGCGGAACAGGCACUGCCGGCGAAAUCUGUUGAAGCCGGUUGGGAAGCGCUUCAAAAAGAAUUCCAACACCUCAUGGAGGUAGCGCGCCGAACACCGGAUCAUGACGAUUUGUACGAUAAUUUGAAGAGUGCCGUCAUCGAUGAAGCCAUUCGUAGGCACACCUGGGAAGAUAAAGCGAUCGAUAUGCUGCGUGUGAUACAGCUCAACACGCUGGAAGAUCGAAGCGUACACGACAAGCAGGAGUGGGAUCAGGCGGUACGCUUCUUCGAAGCAUCCGUGAAGGAAAAGCUACAGGCGACGGAAAAAACAAUCGGUGAAAUGUUUGGUCCUUCCACCAGUCAGAAGUGGCUCCACUGGCGUUCAUCCACGGAGGAGCAGAACAAACGGCGGCAUGUGAAGUCGGAGCUGGACAAAAUACUCGACAGCGAUUCGAAACAUUCGCCCACACUCAGCUAUGACGAGCUGACAACGGUGCGGAAAAAUCUGCAACGGUGCAACGUGGAGGUAGAGACCGAUUACAUCCGUGAGACGUGGUAUCCAAUUUACAGGCGGCAUUUCCUUAAGCAAGCGUUGAAUCGGGCGUACGAUUGCCGGAAGGCAUACUACCUGUACUCGCAGCAGGGCAACGAUUGUGAGGUGAACUGUAGCGAUGUGGUACUGUUCUGGCGCAUCCAGCAGGUCAUCAAGGUGACGGCUAAUGCACUCCGCCAGCAAGUAAUCAACCGCGAGGCACGCCGCUUAGAUAAGGAAAUCAAGGAAGUGUUGGAUGAGUACGGUGAAGAUGACGAGAAGAAACUGCAACUGCUCACAGGCAAACGUGUACAGCUGGCAGAGGAACUGAUUCGUGUACGACAGAUUCAGGAAAAGUUGGAAGAGUUUAUAAACGCUCUUAAUCUAGAAAAGUAAAAUGUUCUACGUAGCUAGUCGAUACAACACACUCUUCGUGGAAUAUUAUUCGGUCACCGGAUUCGGUUCUGUGGUUUUGCUCCGUUUAAACGCACUCGAGCAAAAGGAACCGUCACCACCGUCAACAGUGUUAUUUAUUUGAGCUUGCACGCUCGGCCACGAGUUCUGCCAGCCGGAAAUCAGCAAUCCGUUGUACGCGACGCUGUGUACUGCUGCAACAAUUCCGCUAACGCCAAGCCCCACACCCCAAAAACUCCCCAAUCACAACGAACAGAAAGUAUUGUCGUGCAUAAUUCACUGUUGUCACUGUUACUUUCUGCCUGCACUCAUUUAUCAUGCAUGAUUCAUUUGUGGGAAAUAUAAUUUAAUUUCAUUCUUUGCUACACCGGUGUGACGAGCUAACGAGAAGGCUGGUGCGUAACGACGCUUCAAACUGCUCUUGUUGCGCAGUGCUGGAUCGCACAAAUCGAUCAUUUAUUAUCGCGUAUCGCGCUUAUGUGAUGAAGCAGAAAAGUGAACGGCAAAGUAAAUUGGAACUUCGAGUACUUGAAAUACAUGUAACUGGAAAUUAA